UCCUGUGUGUACCUACUGCCAGACGGUCUCAGCUCCGCAGAGGGGACACGCGCUCCUCUGUCCGCAACACUUUUAGCUGUAGUAACCUGUUGAACAGUCGGAGGUGGAGGAGUUCGUAUUCUACACUUUUAUCCGAGCAGCACCCGAACACCAACUUGUUCCAAACAACGCCAGGGCUCCGCGCGAAGGAAUGCGCGUGAACAACGACACCUGCGUCCGAAAAUACAUCAAAAAAAGAUAAGGUUGUGUCACGAUGGACGGCUUCGGCGUCGCUCGUCUGUCGUCGAACCGCAGGCCGUCUGUGGGGGGAGUCUCGCUCGAUGAAAACACCCUCGUUUGGAAGGCUCCGAGCCAGGUGCCCGUGAAAAAGCAAGCCGUGAAGAGGCACCACCACAAACACAACCUGAAGCACAGGUACGAGUUUCUGGAGACCCUCGGGAAAGGAACCUACGGCAAAGUGAAGAAAGCCAGGGAGAGAUCCGGGAGACUGGUUGCCAUAAAGUCUAUCAGAAAGGAGAAGAUCAAGGAUGAGCAAGACCUGGUUCAUAUUCGCAGAGAGAUCGAGAUCAUGUCCACGCUCUGCCACCCGCACAUCAUCACCAUAUAUGAAGUAUUUGAGAACAAGGACAAAAUUGUGAUUGUGAUGGAGUAUGCCAGCCGAGGGGACCUGUAUGACUACGUCUGUGACAAGAGGAGCAUCUCAGAGCGGGAGGCCAGGCACUUCUUCAGACAGAUUGUCUCAGCUGUCCACUACUGCCAUCAGAACGGAAUAGUGCACCGGGACCUGAAACUGGAGAAUAUUUUACUAGAUGGCAACGGCAACGUGAAGAUCGCAGACUUCGGCCUAUCCAACCUCUACCACGGCGAUGAGUAUCUUCAAACCUUUUGCGGCAGUCCUCUGUAUGCUUCCCCAGAGAUUGUCAAUGGACGGCCGUACCGUGGGCCAGAGGUGGACACUUGGUCUCUUGGCGUGCUGUUAUACACCAUGGUUCAUGGCACCAUGCCAUUUGAUGGACACAAUCACAAGACACUGGUCCAACAGAUAAGCACUGGGAACUACCGGAAACCCAACAAUCCCUCUGAUGCUUGUGGCCUGAUCCGUUGGAUGCUGAUGGUAAAUCCUGAGCGCAGAGCCACAAUAGAGGAGAUUGCGGGACACUGGUGGCUCAACUGGGGCUACCAGCAGCCAUUACUGGUUGAGACAAAGUGCAGUCCAGCAGAGCAGACCACUUCACCAGCCUCUCCAUCAACAACGCACCCUGGUGGCCUGGCUGGUGUUGCUAGUUGGCUGCGCCGCACAUCCAGACCUUUACUGGAGAACGGCUCCAAGAUGCGCUGCCUUCUCCGCUCACAGGGCAGUGGAGGGGAUGUAGUCCGGCAGCGCUCUCUGCGAAGGUCACGAAAGGAAAACAACGUCUCCCAGACCGUUAACGAGGCGAGCACAGACAGUCGGCCCUCUAAGGGUAUUUUAAAGAGACGCACCAGUGUGAAGCAGAAAGCAGCAAGUGAAUCCUCUGCUGUUGGUUCAGUGGAGCCACACAACAUUUUGGGUUUGUCUGCACCAGCCAAUGCCCCUUCAGCUGCAUUGCUGCCUCGCAAAGGUAUCCUAAAGAAGCCCACGGAGCAAGAGUCAGGGUACUACUCCUCUUCUCCUGAGAACAGUGACUCUGGCUUGGCGCCACAAUCUAAAGAGUGCCCUUCAGCACCAACCUAUCGGAAGGGCAUCUUGAAGCGCAAUGGGAAGUUCUCCUCAGGUGGGCUGCAGGAGUUUGGCUCUCUGGACCAGCUGGCAGUCUCCUUACCCCGCGGAGGCGCCCGAUCGAGACCAAGUGGGGCCAUUAGCGAGGACAGCAUUCUGUCCUCAGAGUCCUUCGACCAGCUGGAUCUACCGGACCGUGUAGAACAUCCGGCACAAAUGAAUAAACCAGCCAAGGCCAGCAUGAGAGGAUGUGUCUCUGCUGACAACCUGCUGGACAUCCAAGAAGACGGGAUUCUCGGGGAUGGGUCGCUGAGGCCCUGGAACUGCUACAAGUCCGGAGUGGCUGAUAGUGCCUUUUCCAUCACAGACUGUGAUAAUGUGACUGAGGCUUACAAACAGGCCAUGGUCAUACGAGGCUCUGCAGCAAGCUGAAGACCAGUAAUUAGUUGAGGACACUGAUUAAAGACUUGUUUUUGAUCCAGAAUUUUUAAAUGAUACUGAAGACAUGAUAGCCAAAGUGCAUUUUGUGAAAUUACCUGCACACUGUACUGUAACUUCAGGAACUGCACAGUACCAAAAAGGGAGGAGGCUUCUUGUUAAACAUCAGAUUGUAUUUUAGAGGGUGAUUGAUAAAUUAUUCUUAAAGGAGUCAGUGAAUAGCUUGCAAUUUGAUUUGAAGGUGAAAAUGUCAGGACGGCACAGUAUUUUUUAAAAAAUGAUUAUUGACAGUACUGCAGUUGAAAGUGUCCAUUUCAAAGAUUCUCAUGAAGAAGAUGAGUGCUGCUGUUGGUCAAUCGGGAGCUCUCGUUUUCAGCACGAGAGCUUUCUAUCAAAAGUUAUUGCAUCAAGUCACCCUGAAACCAAAAUGCUGGGCUUCAAUGUCCAAAAGUAAGUUUGCAGAACACUUAACUUAGUAACAAUAAACAGUCACAGUAGGACUUCUGUGUGAGUAUUGCAUAAGCCACUAAGUCAGUGUCUUUUAUUGUCGGCUGGACAGUUUGAGAAGGUAUUUAUGACUUAACGGCUCUUUUGAAUUGUAGCUUUGUGAUCAUCUCAUCUCAUCUGUCUACCUUAUAUUUAUCUAGGACAACGGCAAUAACUCACAGGUUCAACGUUCACAAGUUCACUCUCUACAACAUGCUACAACUUUCCCUCUCUAGGCCGUCAGGAAAAUGACAUUUUGUGGAUACCAAAGAGAAAAUUUGCCAAUAUUGGACUUUUUGGUUUAUGUUUAUUUAAAGCACUAGCAAAAAAGUGCCAAGAGGAUGUGUUCAUAACAGCUAUAGCUCGCAAAGGUUUUUUAUUGUAGGUUUUUUUCUUUUUUUCUUGAACUGACAUUUGGAUAAUGACUUGAAUAAUAAUCACGACACACAUCAAGCCUAACCAGUAGAACUGCUUUUGCUUCCAACCAUACAAUGAUACUAAGUACGCACGUGGCCAUGUAUUCUGUGUAUGCAGGUGGCAGUUUCACACAGAGGUGGAGCUCAUGAAGUCACUUCAUAGCUUUUUGAAAAACAACAACGUGUGUUUUGAAACCUUGAACCCCAGCUAACUACUGUAUGUGUGUAAUGUGGCACACACUUCACAUGUAACCUUUCAGCUGAAUUUUCAAGAUCAGUCAUGGGGCUCAGGUGUAUUGAACUUUGCAUUAUAAUCUAAAAUAUUCAGAUACCUGGGGUGUAACAGUGUUUCACAAAGCCUGAUUAGAAGUUUAGUCAUCUAACGGUUAAAAUGUUACAUCCUGGGUUUAAAGUAAAAUCAGGAAUUAUUCAUACUGAUGAUCAUUGAUGAAGUCUGACAAGACUUUUUGUUCCACCUUUUGUAGUUACCUGGUUGAUUUCCUAAUCCUGCUUUAUCAAAUACUUCCAGUUGGUCAGAAAAAGGUUCAUCAGUAUGUUCAUUUCUGCAUGAAAUUUGCUGCACACUGGAGUUACUUAAUUGGAUUGGCACGUUUGGCAUGAAAUUAGAACAUCAAGACAAGCUGGUGCCUGGAAUAGCACUUUAUCAGACCAUCGAAACCUGAUAACCGCACAAUUUAUUUAGCAGCUAUCAUGUAAGUAGAGUUCUUGUAACAAAAGUUGCACAAGGCAGAAACUGGAAUGUGCAAGCUGUAUUUUUUCAGUUGUUUAUGGUUAUGUUUUUUGGCACACUAUGAGGGUCAGGGGGAAUUUAAAGCCUGUACCUACACAGAAGUAAGCUGGAAGUUCUUGUCAUUUCUAAUCUGUCACGGACAACUGAUCAUUUAUUAAUGAAGUGUGACACAGGAAAAAUGCUGUUAGCCUUGGAGACCGGUCUGAAAUGUAUGUUUAUUUUUUUUGUACAACACAAUGUGCAUUUGUGCUUUUUUUUAACUGCAACAAAAACUACAUUUGCCAAAGUUACUGGCUUAUCAUUAUAUGACUGUGAUCUGCCAUGUGACCGGGAUGAGGAAAUCAAUAAAAAAAAGAAGAACUCAA